AUGAGUACUAUCAGCUGGAACUGUCGUGGCAUGGGCAAUCCACGAACAGUUCGAGAGUUAACGGAUCUUGCGUCCCGUAAGAAGCCUGAUUUUAUUUUUCUCAUGGAAACCAAGGUGAAACGAAUACAUGCUGAAAGAAUUCGUGUCAGCCUUGUCUUUGAUGGCCUUUUUAAUGUUGAUCUGACUCGCUUGGGUGGUGGUUUAGCACUGCUUUGGCGAAAAAACGAUACCGCAAGACUUUUGAGUUACUCGAAGAAUUAUAUUGAUAUUGAGGUGAAUAUGCCCAGUUUUCCGCAGUGGAGAAUGACGUGUUACUAUGGUUUCUCUCAGCGUCAUAGACGAUCAGAAGCAUGGGAUUUACUCAAAUCUUUUGCGCCCCGAUCCAACCUACCAUGGGUUAUGAUUGGGGAUUUUAAUGAUCUCCUGUUCCAACACGAGAAGAGGGGGGGAAAUCCGCAUCCUAAUAGUCUCCUUCGCGGCUUUGGAGAGACUAUUGAUCAUUGUGGCUUGGCUCAGUUGCCCAUGGAAGGAUACCGAUUUACAUGGGAGAAGGGGAAAGGAACGCCUACAUGCAUCGAGGAACGUUUGGAUAAAGUGCUUGCGUCGAAUGCUUGGCGUGAGAUUGUGCCUGGGGCUAGGGUUAGUAAUAACCUAAUGAGAAAAUCAGAUCAUUCGGCACUGUUUUUGAGCAUACAUGAAACGGUUCCGAAUACGAGGGGAGGAAGAAGAGGUUUUCGUUUCGAAAUGGCCUGGGUAUAUGAUGAAGGGUGUAGGGGUGUGGUGGAAAGAUCAUGGGAAGAAGGAAGAAGUGAAGGAAUCCAGGACUGUAUAGCAUACUGUGGAAAUCAAUUAUCUAAAUGGGGUGGUGACCGGUAUCACAAGUUUGGGGAAAAGAUUAUGUUUUUACGAAAACAACAGUUACAUCUCAGAGGUCGCACUGACCUAACAUCUUUAGCUGAGUUUCAGAGAUUGGAAGAAACACUAAGCAAUAUGGAGAUCCAGGAGGAUACUUACUGGAGACAGAGAGCCAAGCAACACUGGCUAAAGAAUGCUGAUGCCAAUACAAAAUUCUAUCACAUGUAUGCCUCUCACCGUAAAAAGAAAAAUACUAUCUAUAAGCUUAUGAAUGAUAAUGGGGAUUGGAUGGAAGGAGAUAAUAUGAAUACAAUUAUCUUGGAAUACUUUAGCCAGAUCUUCUCCUCAGGUGAUCCUAUAGAUGGUAAUGACCUAUUUUCUGAGAUAUCUCCUCGUGUAACCCAAACUCAGAAUGAUCAAUUGUUACGGCCCUUUGUGAUUACUGAGGUGAGGGAUGCCCUGUUUGCGAUGGCCCCGGACAAAGCCCCUGGACCAGAUGGUAUGAACCCAGGUUUCUACCAACAUUUCUGGGAUGUGGUUGGCAAUGAUAUUUCGGCAUUUAUAUUAAACUGUCUUAAUAAUCAGAUUUUUCCAGCUGACCUGAAUAAUACUGAUGUGGUUCUCAUCCCAAAGAAGAAAUCCCCUGAGGUGGUCGCGGAUUUUAGGCCAAUAGCUUUGAGCAAUGUGAUUUACAGAAUAAUGGCUAAGAUGAUUACCCAGAGAAUGAAGCCUCUAAUGGAGAAUAUAAUAUCUAAUUCGCAGAGUGCAUUUAUUCCAGACAGACUGAUUACUGAUAAUAUUCUUGUGGCUGCAGAAGUGGGACAUUACUUGAAUAGAAAACAGUGUGGGGCUGUAGGAUGGGGUGCUCUCAAACUUGAUAUGGCCAAAGCCUAUGACCGUAUGGAAUGGCCUUUUCUCCGUGGGAUGUUAAUAGCCCUGGGAUUUGAUGAUAGAUGGAUUGAUUUGAUUAUGUUAUGUGUCACCACAGUGUCGUAUAAUUUUAUGAUUAAUGGCUCCCGUAGUACCCCCAUCACGCCCACGCGUGGCCUACGCCAGGGAGAUCCAUUAUCCCCAUAUCUGUUCAUUAUCUGUGCGGAAGGGCUCUCAGUUCUAUUACAACGGGCACAGGAUAAAGGAUUAAUACAUGGUUGCAGGGUUGCUAGAGGUGCACCUCCUAUCUCUCAUUUAUUCUUUGCGGAUGAUAGCUUACUGUUUUUCAGAGCAAAUAUGCAGGAAGCAUCUGAGAUAAAAAAUUGCUUAUUGUUAUAUGAGAGCUUAUCUGGCCAGAAGGACUACCCUCUUUUGUGGGAAGGAAUAAAAAGGCUGCAUUUGCAUAUAUUGAGGAUAGGAUCAGGCAAAGGAUUGGUUCUUGGAAUAAGAAAUUAUUAUCUCAGGCAGGCUAUGAACCGAUACUGGUGGGGGACAGGAACUGAUAGAGGCAUUCACUGGAAAGCCUGGGAUGGAUUAUGUAUCCCAAAGAAGCAUGGUGGUCUGGGUUUUAAGGAUUUAAGAGCUUUUAAUUUGGCAAUGUUAGGAAAGCAGGCAUGGAGACUGCUCACUAACACUGACUCAUUAGUAGCCAAAGUUUACAAGGCCAGAUAUUAUCCAAGGGGUUCUUUCCUAGAGGCAACAAUGGGGAAUAAUCCAAGUUUUUGCUGGCGCAGUAUUAUGGCAGCUAAAGACCUAGUAUGUGGUGGAAUAAGGAGACGAAUUGGAAAUGGAAAAUCUACCUUAAUAUGGGAGCAUCCCUGGUUGCAAGAUGAACUGGAUCCUAUGAUUCACACAGAAAUGCCACAACAACUGUCUGGAACCAGAGUGGUUGGAUUAAUUGAUCAGGAUACAGAGACCUGGGAUCCGCAUAUAUUAACUGAUAUUUUCCAGCCAAGUGAUAUACCUAGAAUCCAAAAGAUUCCAGUAGCCCCUGACUAUGAUGAUAUAUGGUAUUGGUAUGAUGAUCCUAAUGGAAUUUAUUCAGUUAAGAGUGGAUACAGGCGCAUAGUUGCUGCAAUUUUAUACCACAUAUGGAGGACCCGAAACGGAGUGGUCUGGGAUGCCUGUUUGCCGAGACCAACGAAAGUGCUAACAAUUGCGAUGGCAACGAUGAAAGCAUGGAAAGAAGUCCACCAUCGUGCACCGUCACGGCUGGCCGCUCAACCCGCCACUGCCGCCUCACCGAACACCACUGUCGGACCACCUCCUCCGGGCGACGACACUGCCGACAUCGAUCUACCUCCGCCACACGCAUAUCCUCCGGGCGACGACACUGCCAACGUCGAACUGCCUCCACCACACGCAUAUCAGCCGGAACUUCCACAUGGGGCGGGAGUAAGGCCUGUGAAGUGUUAUGUAGAUGCAAGCUACAAUCAUGGAACGAACGUAGCAACAAUUGGCGCGGUGCUCUUCGACGCCGAUGGCAAUUAUAUGUCCGCUUUCAAUGCCCCCUACUGA